AUGCCCUCCUAUACGGUCACCGUGGCCACUGGCAGCCAGUGGUUUGCUGGCACCGACGACUACAUCUACCUCAGCCUGGUGGGCUCCACGGGCUGCAGCGAGAAGCACCUGCUGGACAAGCCCUUCUACAAUGACUUCGAGCGUGGCGCGAUAGAUUCUUAUGAUGUGACAGUGGAUGAAGAGCUGGGUGAGAUCCAGCUGGUCAAAAUUGAGAAGCGCAAAUACUGGCUCCAUGAUGACUGGUACCUGAAGUACAUCACACUGAAGACGCCCUAUGGCGACUACAUUGAGUUCCCCUGCUACCGCUGGAUCACAGGCGAGGGUGAAAUCAUCCUUCGAGAUGGCCGAGCAAAAUUGGCCAGAGAUGACCAAAUUCACGUUCUCAAGCAGCACAGACGUAAAGAACUGGAAACACGGCAGAAAUUGUAUCGGUGGAUGGAGUGGAACCCUGGGUUCCCGUUGAGUAUUGAUGCCAAAUGCCAUAAGGAUUUACCUCGUGAUAUCCAGUUUGACAGUGAGAAAGGAGUGGACUUUGUUCUGAACUACUCCAAAGCGAUGGAGAAUCUGUUCAUCAACCGCUUCAUGCACAUGUUUCAAUCCUCCUGGAGUGACUUUGCUGACUUUGAGAAAAUCUUCGUCAAGAUCAGCAACACUAUUUCAGAACGGGUCAUGAAUCACUGGCAAGAAGAUCUCAUGUUCGGCUACCAGUUCCUGAAUGGGUGUAACCCUGUGCUGAUUCAGCAGUGCAUGAAGUUGCCGGAGAAGCUUCCAGUUACCACCGAGAUGGUGGAAUGCAGCCUGGAGCGACAGCUCACCCUACAGCAGGAGGUAGAGCAAGGAAACAUUUUCAUCGUGGACUUUGAGUUGCUGGAUGGCAUUGAUGCCAAUAAAACAGACCCAUGCACGCUACAGUUCCUGGCAGCACCCAUCUGCUUGCUGUACAAGAAUCUGGACAACAAGAUGGUACCCAUCGCAAUACAGCUCAACCAAGUUCCAGGAGAUGAAAACCCCAUUUUUCUUCCUUCGGAUGCAAAAUACGACUGGCUUCUGGCCAAAAUCUGGGUGCGCUCCAGUGACUUCCAUGUCCACCAGACCAUCACUCACCUUCUGCGUACACAUCUGGUAUCUGAGGUUUUCGGCAUUGCCAUGUACCGCCAGCUGCCUGCUGUGCACCCUAUCUUUAAGCUCCUGGUAGCCCAUGUGCGGUUUACAAUUGCCAUCAACACCAAGGCCCGUGAGCAGCUCAUCUGUGAGUACGGUCUCUUUGACAAGGCCAACGCCACAGGGGGCGGUGGGCACGUGCAGAUGGUACAGCGGGCCAUGCAGGAGCUGACCUACACCUCCCUCUGCUUCCCUGAGGCCAUCAAGGCCCGGGGCAUGGACAGCACAGAGGAUAUUCCCUACUACUUCUACCGGGAUGAUGGCUUGCUGGUGUGGGAAGCAAUCAAGAAGUUCACGGCUGAGGUGGUGGGCAUCUACUAUGAGAGCGACCAAGUGGUGGAGGAGGAUCAGGAGCUUCAGGACUUUGUGAAGGAUGUUUAUGUGUAUGGCAUACGGGGCAACAAGGCCUCGGGCUUCCCCAAGUCCAUCAAGACCAGGGAGAAGCUGUCCGAGUACCUGACAGUGGUGAUCUUCACUGCUUCAGCCCAGCACGCAGCAGUGAACUUCGGCCAGUAUGACUGGUGCUCUUGGAUCCCUAAUGCACCCCCGACCAUGCGGGCCCCACCACCAACAGCUAAGGGUGUGGUCACCAUUGAGCAGAUCGUGGAGACUCUGCCAGACCGUGGCCGUUCCUGCUGGCAUCUGGGUGCAGUGUGGGCGCUGAGCCAGUUCCAGGAGAAUGAGCUGUUCCUGGGCAUGUAUCCAGAGGAGCAUUUCAUUGAGAAGCCCGUGAAGGAGGCGAUGGCCCGAUUCCGUAAGGACCUGGAUACCGUCGUCAGUGUGAUCGCAGAGCGCAACAAGAAUAAGAAGCUGCCUUAUUACUACCUGUCUCCAGACCGAAUUCCCAACAGUGUGGCCAUCUGAGUGGCCCAGUAGUGCCAACCCUUGCUAAAAAGUCUUUGUUUCUUGAGGCUGAGCUUGGUACCCAGACCUAAAGACAGGCUUCCUGUGCAGCUUAGCCCUCAUGGCCCAGCAAGAUUCUUAAGUAUUGCGCUAUAGGGUGGAAUUAUUUUAAACCAAAGGCUGUCUCAUGGUUGGUCAAAUUGGCCUAUGUGUCUUCUCCACUCUAUCUUUUGUGAAUCUCAAACUUGUUUAUAAGUGUCUUGAUCCCCCAGAGAACCUUCCUAUACAGAGCAGGCCUGUGGGGUGUCUUGCCCUGUGUGUUGCUCAGAAUCCUCACCAGGUAGUAAUAACACAUCCCAAUCACUGAUCGGGAUAGCUUGUUUUUUUGUUAGGGACAGGAAUUUUGUUGUUGUUAUUCUAUUUAUGCUUAGUCUAUUGUCUUGCAAUAUAGCUGGUGUCCUAAUAAAUCCCUGUCGGAUGAAUUAA